AUGAUGUUAACUAACAUCAACCCCUCUAUCCUGCUUGGCGUGGGCAUGGUGAUCUUCUUCACCUGUCUCAUAGCUAAGCUGUUCGAGACAUCCCCGGUGCCCGAAGGAAUCCCCUGGGUUCUGAGCAAGAAAGGAUUCUUUGGACGAGCCACAGAGCGUUUCAUCGGUGUCAAUCCCAUCGUGUUCAUCAAAGAUGGAUAUGAAAAGUAUUCCAAAAACAACAAACCAUUCGUGAUGCCGAGCGUGAACGAGGGCGACGAAGUCCUGCUUCCCAUCAAGGAAUCGAACACCAUCCUGUUUGCCAAAGAGACCGAUCUCAGUUUCAAGGCCCAUAUCAUCGACUUUUUCCAGCUCGCUUAUACAAGUUGGCCUCUUGCCUUCGCGGAGAAGUAUGACUUCUAUGUCAAACUUAUCAGCAAGGAUCUGUCCGAAACCCUGAAGACUCCGUCUAUUGCCGAGUCUCUGGCUGAGGAGGCACGUGCCUGUCUGUCUGAUAUCUGGGGCGAGGACACUGAAAACUGGGUCCAAGUCCCUCUGUACUCGUUUAUGGAGAAGACUGCGGGUCAAAUGAUCAAUGUGCUUGCGAUUGGGCCUGGCAACAGUGACGACAAGGCUCUUUUGGCAGCUCUUACUCACUGCUCCAAUGCAAUCGUGUUCGGUGCAAAUGUCAUCAAAGCCUUUCCAGCUUUUCUUCAUCCGAUCGUUGGUCCUAUCGUCGGACUGGUCAACCGCUACUUUGAGAGGGUCUUCCACGCUCGUCUGAAGCCCAUCAUUGAGAAGAAGAUUCAGGAUCAAAAGAACGCGACUGACUCUGAGGUUAUGAAGGAGACCCUCAAAUCAAAGGGAUCCCUUUUGGAUUUGCUCAUUCAAGCCGGCAUGCGCAGCAAAUGGCCUAUGGAGCUCACAACGAUGUGGCUGGCGUAUCGUAUCUUCAUGAUCAACUUCCCUGGCGUGCACACGAGCGGUGUCUCAGCGACCAGUGUCCUCCUUGAUAUCCUCAGUUAUUCGGACGUGAAUCUGGUUGACCUCCUUCGUGAGGAAGUUUUGUCAAUCUCCUCUGAUGGUUCUUGGACUGCUCAAGAUCUUGCCAAGGCGGCCUUACUUGAGAGCGCUAUCAAGGAGAGUCUUCGCCUGAAUGGAAUCAAUGCUGUCUCCCCCACUCGAAAGGUCGUGGCAACCAGUGGCGUCGAUCUUGGCAACGGACUCCACCUUCCCUUCGGAACUAAGGUUGGGGUUCCACAGUACGCACUUCACCGUGACAGCGACAUCUAUCCUUCUCCGGAUCAAUACAACCCUUUCCGGUUCUAUGUCCCUGACGUUCCGGUCGAGGAGAGACGUAAUGACUUGAUCACUGCCACCAGCGACACAUAUGUGGUAUUCGGUCAUGGUCGUCGGCAGUGCCCUGGACGCUGGAUUUUCGCCCAUGUCUUCAAGGUCCUCGUUGCUGAGAUGCUCCUAAAGUAUGACAUCCAGCCCAUGGAGACUCGACCCAAGAUUCAUAGGUGGGGCAGAUUUCAGCUGCCACCUUUGGCCACGAAGCUCAGCGUCCGCCGCAAGAAGGAUGCUACCGCUGUCGUUGCUUAAAGUUGUGUGCAGCUUGAGCCUUGCGAGCCCUUCCCUUUCAACAACCCUUGUUCCACCCAUCUGUUGAGUGAGAGAACGUACGGGUCUGUGUGAGAGAGGAAUGAGUUUAAGGAGAGCGCAAAAAAAGGUGUGAAUGAUGAAAAGUGCAUGAGAACCAUCUGUUCAGUUUCCAGUUUCGGUUGUAUUGUCUUCUUGAUCUCGUCUUUUUGCAUUCUUGUACGGG